AUGGACGAGUGGAAGCGCCUCGCGGCGGCGGCCAAGGGCGGCAUCACCUACCUCCGCAAUCGGCUGACGGGCAACCUGCCGGCGCAGCAGAAGAACUUUGAUUGCUCGCACAUGUACGAGGUGCUUCGCGUGGUGCAGGCCUUCGACCCGUCGUGGGCAGCGCAGCAUCUGGACGCGAACGUUGUCAAUGCGCUCGCCGUCGUCAAGCCGCUGCGCAACAUGACUGCGGCGCUGCUGGGUGAGCUUCCCGCCUACCUGGUGGCGACGGCUGGCGUCGUGAUCGACCACUCGGAAGGCAAGGAGGACCACUCGUUCACUGAGCAGGUGCUCAAGUGGUGGGCCACGAACGGCUCCAAGUUCCCGGCGUGGGCGGAGGCGGCGCAGAUCAUCUUCGCGUUCACGCCCAACUCAGCCGCGGCGGAGCGUGUGUUCUCCAUGCUCAAGUCAAUGUUCGGCGACCAACAAAUGGAGACCUUGGCAGAUAUCAUCCAGACGGCCUUAAUGCUCCGCAUCAACGAGCGCCGCGUGGGCUGA